AUGAAAAAGAUAUUGGCCAAAUUCGCUCAAGUAGAUUCGGAUGAUGCUGGAAAUUCUUACAAUAACUUUGGAAUUGGUGCCAGUUCACAUCAUGCCUCAUUUGUUGGUCGCCAGUAUCAUGUGGGUCAUUUCUCACUGGUGGUGGAAGAUACAGUUGCAGAAGGUAAGUCUGUAUUACGAUAUCCACAAGGAUUGAUUGAAUUACUUUUACUGUGUGGAUCGAAUGCAUAG